GUGUUGGAUGUGGUGUUAAAACCGUUGAUGCUGAUGUAACAUCUCGCCAUUGUUAGUCAGCUAAUACCGAAACAUUUAUACAUUUAUGCUUCGGGACUUGCCUGUUUUCAAAACUUUGAAAAAUUAUUGAUUUCUGUUGAGCUGUGUGAUAAGGGGUUGUUCCAUAGACUUGUAUGUAUGAGGAGGUCGGUGCUGGUACUUGUAGGGAGCAGAUGGAUGGCGAUGCGUCGGGAGGAGGCUCAAACAGCGAAAUGAAUGAACGCAGAGGACCACAACUUGUUGACUAUGUCUCAUUAUAAUGGAAAUUGAGCCAUUCUCCUACAUUAGAAGUCCUGUGAAAGGUGAUUUAGAGACAUUUUCGUGCAUCAGAAACCAGAGUGACCUGGAGAAGUUUUCCUAUAUACGAAGCCCUCCAGAGACGUUUUCGAUACCUUGUGUGCCUGUGAGAUCCGAGCCCAGCCCCUCUCGUCCACCGCAAUCUAGUCCGCGAAUCUCCACCUCCAACAUGGUGGUGGACCUUCAGUCUCAAAACCCCUGUGUGGUUACAGCAGACCCUUCUGUGCAGUCAUCGCCACAUGACUACAAGCUUCUUCCCCAGGAAGUGUCGCCACGUACUGCAUCACAUGACUACAAACUCCUGCAGCAAGACAUAUCACCCCGUUCUGCGUCACAUGACUACAAACUCCUGCAGCAAGACAUAUCACCCCGUUCUGCGUCACAUGACUAUAACAAGCCAUUGAUGACGGAUGUUUCACCAAGGUCACACGACUCCUAUAAAACCUGCACCCAGGACAUCUCCCCAAGGUCAAAUUUGAGUGAAUGUAACAAACGUCAGCAGCAGCAGCAACAUGAUCAGUUCUCCCCAAAAGGAGGCUCCAUUGACUAUGAGCACAAUCGUAAUCUAUCACUGCGCACUUCUUCUCAUGACUACCGCCUCUUGCCACCAGAGGGCAUGAUGACACCAAGUCCUGAUAAUCCACCCUCCAUUGACCACUCUGAUAUCCCUCAAAAUGAAGUAUUAUCAUUUAAGGGCAUGAACACGCCAAAAAACAGCCCCCCACAGCUGUCUCCAAAACAGCUUGACUUGGACCAUGGAAGGUUCGACUGUGGUCCAAAACAAAUGGAUUUUGAUAGCAUGGAUCAAAAUAGCGGGUCAGAUCAGUCACCUUGUCAAACUCCUGAGAAACAUCGGUCCCGGCGUAAACAAACUAUCGAAGACAUUGUGAGACGCAUGAAGGGAUCAGAAAAUGGUUACUAUAGUGACAGUGAAGAGGAGGAGGAAGAUGAUGGAGAAGACACCCUGAAUGGAUCCAUUUCCAUGGAUAUGCACAAUGGCGACCCAAAACUUGGUGAGAGUAUGUGUGGUAUAAGAUGUGGGCAGGACGAAGUUGAUGGCGCUCCUAUGCAGAUAUCUGGCUUGAAAGCCAGCGACAAUGACAGGCAACCUAGUAUUAACAGUGGUUCCACGAGCAAUGGGACCAUGGCGAACGGUCUGGAUGGAAUGUCCUAUAAAAAUGGCAGCAUUUCCUUAGAUACAGAGAACAUCCAACCAGACCACAUGCGACAAAUGGAGAAUGGCAAGGACAACAAAGAUGGUUGUGAAAAUAAAGACAUGUCUGCGGAACGACAACAGAUCAACGCUAUCAUGGACAAAGUAGCAGAGAUUACAGGCGGGAACAAAUCACAAGACUUCACCACUCCCAAACAGAAUGGCAACUGGUUCCACGGAGCAUUCAAUAGUCUUCCUCUGUUCCCCUUUCCUCCAAGUCCUCUAGAACAUCAUCUAAACCCAAACUUUCUUCCCAUGUUUGAUGGCAAAUUCCCUUCCUCACAAGAGGUGGAAAAAGAUUAUCUCAAAUGUCAAUUCUGUGAAAGAACAUUCAGACGCCAAAAGAACUUAGAAAACCAUAUUGAGAACACCCACCAUGGGAAGACCACUACGAGAAGAAAAUCUUCAGAUGGCACUGACAUGUAUUUCAAAUGUACACAUUGUCCCUAUACCACCAAGCAUCAGAGUAACCUGUACGUCCAUCUUCGCAUCCAUACAGGUGAGCGGCCAUAUAUCUGCGGUGCCUGUGGAGUCCAGUACAGCCAAAGCCACAGUCUAAAGAGCCACAUCAUCAACAAACAUGAUGGUAUCAUGUCCUACUACAUCAAGGAGAAGCGCAAUCGUUCCCCGAGAGGCAUGGGCUACCUGACUCAGGUCAUACCUGACAUGUACAAGAUUUCCCCACAGCAAUCUAUGAUGCCCCACAAUGUUCAUAAUAACCAUGGAAACCAACAGCAAUCGCUCCUGAUGCCACAACACAAUAUUCCGAUGCCACCACACCCACAUGUCAUGACCUCAAUGCAUCCACAGGUCAUGACCUCUCCUAACCAUCAGGGUCAAGGCCAGCCAAUGGCCUCACCCAUGCAGAAGAUGAUGAUGUCUCCCCAGCAACAGCAGCAACUGGGAAACCACCUCCAACAGGAGAAUCGUCCCACCCACAUAGGAGGGGAGCGCAACCAACAAUCCCAUCACCACAAUAUGCAGCAGAAAGCUAGUCCCAACUACUAUGCCAAUGGGUUUCCAUCUCCCAACUUUGUUCAGAACAACUUCCCACCCCAGUAUAAGGUGCAUCAGCAGCCCGCCCCCGUAGUGGAAGAACAACCACUGCCAUUGGUCACAAAUGCUGCCACCAAGUCUCAGAUGCCACUGCAGGAGAUUCGCAACAACCAGAUGGAGGAGAGUGGGAUGAACAACCAUGGUGCUAUUGAUCUCAGCAAGAAAGCCAUGCCAAGUCACACUCUCCGUGACAACGGUCAUCUUGAGGCUCUCAAAGCUCUAGAGAUGUCGGGACUCGGGGAACGCCCGGAAAAGGAUCAUAAGUGCACAGAGAAGGGCACAGGAGAAUGUGCAAACUGUGUGCACGAGUCAAAACUCCGUACACUAAGACUCAAUGUGGUCCGUAUGCUCAGUAUUCUGGUCCCAAAUCUGAAUUUCGAGGAGAAGGGAAUCAGCGCAGAUGGUGAUUCUGUUGAUGAACUCCUCCAUGAUGUCAUUGAAAGCAAUAUGCAGGAUGAGGAAAUGAGUGAGUGAGGUCAAGGUCACAAAUAUUUAGUAGUCAUUGGACCAUUAUUUUCAAGAUCUUGUCACCCAUUUUGGGAGGAUGUUCUAUCAGUCUGUCUCUGUGUGGAUGUGCCAUCGGACUUCUCCAUACACCUGUUUACAUGUGGCCACCCUGUGGACAGACAAUAACAUAAAACAAUCAUAUGAUGAUUACUCAAAGUCACAAAAAUGUCAAGGUCACACAAGGGGUCAUAUAGAUCAUGAGCAAGGGUGUUCUGAAGCCGAAACUGUUACUCCACCAUUUAAUAUGAUAGGUGAUUAUCUAUUGAUGAUGAUAAUGAUGAUGAUGAUAAUGAUGAUUAGCAGAAUCAUCUUAAUAUGUCAAACAUAUCAACAUACCUGAAAGCUUAUCAUCUCUUCAUUACAAAUCAAGAAAACAAGAAUGCAAUGGGUCAACUCUGGCGUUGUUUUACUGACACUUUCUCUAUGGGAAUUAAAAUCAACACACGCAUUUUCUAGCCUUUCUUUAAAUCUUAUAUGCAUUUUAUUCUUACGUCACAAACAUUAUCGCCAAAAUUGCACUUUCUUAGUGUGUCAUAAUUUGUUAUUUAGAUUUCAUAAUCCUUAAAUGGCUAUUUUUGUUUCAUCAUUUGUCUUUUUUUAAAAGCUCAUUUCACAACAGGUCAAUGAAACAAUGCCAAUGUUGUCCCAAAGAGCACAAAGUGUUCAAAAACAAAUAUAUGCCUUUUUCCAAAGACUUUGAAUAGUUCACAAAUCAACUUUUUACUAGUAUCAUGUUUUGUCAAACCACCUGACACCAGCAUUUCUCAUAACAGCCUGCAGGAACUGCGGCAGUGACAUUCUGUGUUUGUUGUUAACUCGCAUCUGGUCAAAGACCGCUCUACCAUUCCUAUUCAUUAUAAUUCUACUUUUCACAUUUUUUGUGUGAAAUUAACAUUUAUAUAUUAUACGAUAUAUCGCUGGUGCGUGGUACCACAGAUGUUGAUUCUAUUUUUGUUGGCAUAUAAUGAUGACAAUUGCUAGGGACCAAUGCUUGGACUAGUUUGAUGCAGACCAUGGUAUAAAACACUUGUGUCGUAGCACUACCAUGGAGGAAACACUGUGGAUAGUGUGUAAUGUUUGAGAGCCGGGACUUUCUCUGAUGGCAGUGUUUCUGAUGUCACAGAGGUUAGCAGCCAAUUGUUAUCUUCUGUACAAGGCAUGGAUUUUUUGAUUUUGAGAAAAAUUCCAUCACAUAACCUGGUUGUGAUAAGUGUAGUUUAUGCAUGUCUUUAAAUGUGUAGAAGGCCCACCCUGUGUAUAUUAUACUGUGGUUCUUGGCGGUGUGUAUGAGGUCCUUCCUAUGUGUAUUACACUGUGUUCGUUGGCGGCUGUGCGCUGCAAACACUUUUUUCAGUUGAAUCUCUAUGAUGAUGAACUUUCUGACCAUGUUUUGAGUAAUAAUACCUUUCAGCAAGUCUGAACAUUUAGGCCAUGGCUAUUGGUCGAUUGUGAACAAAACAGAUUUUGCACUUGGAAUUUCUUGCCUUUUUAAAGGCUUUUAGAAAGCUUUAGUACACUUGUUUUCUCUGAUGCAAAGCUACGAGGCCGUGUCAAGUUUAAUGCAUGGUUUAUCUACAAUUCAUAACAAAUAUACCAACCUACCAAAAUUGUGUCAUACAGUUGUUUCUUGAACAAAGAGCUGAUUGAAUCAAAAUGUUCAUUAGAGUAAGAAUAUUUCAAACCUUUUUUUCCAAAACCUCUAAAACAUGAUACGACUAGAAAGAUUACAUUGAAUGUGUUGCUUGUUUGUCCUUUCUUGGUAAUUAAAACCCACCCACCUAAGAAUGCCAAAAAGACAUACUUGACAUGGGCUCGCUCUGGUUGUGUACUGAGACCAAUACCUUGAACAGAUUGCCAAAGGCCAAUUUUAGAAGAAUUUUUACACAGUUUUUGUUAAAAGAGUAAGGAAGAUAUCCAUAGUGAAUAAUCUUUACUUGUGUUAAUAGAAAAUUGUUACAUUUGUUGUUUUGAAUAAUUCAAGAAAGAUAACUCUUCCAUUUUGUUGAGUAGCAUCCCACCAAGACUUCCCCGAUGUCUUAUCUUCCAUUUGUUUGUGGUGAUAAAUUGCUGUAUGAUUUACUUCCCAGUGAGUUUUACAUCAACUUAUCACUAAACAGUCAACACUUAAGUGUUGCUUUGAUCAAAUCCAUUUUAUCGAAUCUUAUGUAUAUCAUUUUUGAUCUCAGUUUUUAGACAAUGGUGCAAGCAUUUUUUGUUAAAGAAUAGAAUUAACAAAUAUUUUAAUCUGUUAAUUUUUUUUGUACCAUAUCAAAAUACAAUUUGUCUCACAUGCCAAACUGUAGAAUAAAAUGGCAAACCUUGAGUUUACAUGUCAUGAUUGUUGUUAUUUAAGAAUGUUUUUGCAAAGUGCAAAAUCUGUUUGCUUCCAAAAGAUUGCUAGUGCUAAUGUUGUUUAUAAAUGGUAUGUUUGUGAGUCUUUGUUAGGUGUUAGGCCCCUCCGCGGGCACAUGUGUAGAUCUCCAGUGUUGUGUCUAUGUAUUGGUUACUAAGUGUCAUCUAUGUAUAUUUUGUAAACUAACACAAAUUCAUUGAGCUCUUGUCAAAAUAUAUGUAGAUUUUACAACAAAACAGUUAAAAAAAUGCAAAAAAUAUGUUAUUUUUUGUAUUUGUUAGACAAAGA